AUGGUAAACAUAGAAGAACUUGUCCGCAAGAUCGAUCUAUACCUGAUGCCGUCGAUCUUUGUGCUCUACCUGUUCUCUUUUGUGGAUCGAGCCAACAUUGGUCUUGCGGAAGUUGCUGGCAUGCAAAAGGCUUUGAAGCUCACGCCCCAUGAGUACUAUAUUGCUGUCAUAUUGUGGGUCAUUGUAUACUUUACUGCCGCAGUUCCAAGCAACAUGAUCCUGUCCCGUACUCGACCUUCCAUUUUCCUCCCCAUUAUCAUGUUUCUGUGGGGAGCCGUUGCAGCUAUCACUGCUUGCGUUACAAAUGCGUCUCAUCUCAUGGCUCUCCGGUUCCUUCUCGGAGUGUUCGAAGCUGGCUUCAGUCCGGCGGUUCUUUUCAUCAUCUCUGUCUGGUAUCGCAAGCACGAACAAUCUAAGCGUUUCUUCAUCUUUCUCAGCGCGGGAAUCUUAUCUGGCGCUUUCGGUGGCGUUGCCGCUGGUGCAAUCACGUCCAGACUCGAUGGUGCCCACGGUAUUGCUGGCUGGCGUUGGCUCUUCUUGGUCGAGGGCGUGACCACCUGUGGCGUUGCCCUGAUCGUGCAUUGGUUCCUGCUGGAUUUUCCUGGCACAAGCAAGCGACUUACUCCUGAGGAGCGUGUCAUGGCCGAGGCCAGACUGCGCCACGAUGGCAUCACUUCCAAGAAGACCGAAGGUGGUCACGCCAGAACCCUCAUCCGAGCUUUCACCGCUGCAGCUCUCAACUGGCAACUUUGGAUUAUCACUCCGGCUUAUAUGUGCAUCAUCGGCGCCCUGUCAAUUUCAUACUUCUACCCUACACUCGUCAAGGGACUUGGCUACACUUCGACGAACGCCCAGUACAUGACGGCGCCCAUUUAUCUCAUUGCACUCUUUGUGGCAUUGCCAGUGUGUUUCUUUGCCGACCGGCAUCCGAGCAAGCGUGGACUGAUGUUAGUCGGGACCAUGGCAUUUGGAUGUAUUUUCUCGGCUCUCACUACGGCCAUCGAAAACUUCGUGGCCAGAUACGUCUUUCUCUGCUUCAUCAAUAGCGCCAUCUGGACCGGCAACGCACUUGGACUCUCUACCAUGGAGUGCAGAGCUCGCGCGCCUCGGUCUCGGGGUCACAGAUCUGGGAAACAAGUCACCUACCCUAGUGCACUUGUGAGGACAGGAACGUGGAUCGCCCCUGCGAGGCAUGAACUCAAGGGCGCUGUGGCGUUCGGAGAGGAUGCUGGCGUCCCCGAGACCCCGCCUAUACUUCCGCUGACUCGCUGA